UUACCGCGUUCGUCAAAAAGCUCCGCUUACUACUCCAGGCUCUCUAAUAUUUAAGUAAGCUGAGGAUAUUAGUUUUCUGGCGAUCUCUAUAGAAGACAGACGUGGUAAGUUGAGUUCCAUCAAUUUCAGAAAUAAACAAUUUUCUAACACAGUUGUAUUCUUUUAUUUCCCGCUCCACAGAAAAUCAGCCCAGCUAUCCCGAAAUUAACACUGGUCCUUAAAACCGGAUUUUCUCGAAGAAGGGAAAUUAAGACAACGACGCAUUGUUGGUGAAAAUUUAAAAUUCCGUACAUCAAUCAACUGCAAACAAACAGAAAAUGUCUCAAUUCGCCUGUGGUCUGUGUAAGGAAAAUCAUCCUCUCCGGUUGUGCGCCGAAUUCCGCCGAAUGACUCCCGAAAUACGGUUGAGAACGGCUCUCAUAUAUCGCUAUUGUAGCAACUGCCUCGCUUCGAACCAUGCCAUAAACGAAUGUGAUAGUGUAAUUCGGUUCAAACGAUGUGGGAAAGCCCACCAUACUAUGCUGCAUAACCCCGACAUAGAAGAAGAAAGUGAUGAGGACGUCGUCGAGCUUACUUGGGCACAGCAAGUGGAAGAAGAAGAAGCAAUGAUGGCGGAAAUCGAAAACAGCGGAUCAGACGAGCAAAUAAAUACGAAACCGGAAAACACACUACCGACCAAUGCAGCGCUCUUACACCCGUACCGGCCACCACUAAAUAGGACGCAAUCAGCUCCGCGUUCCACCACGCAGCACUUUCAGCUCGCACCGCUCGAUGAGGAUCGAGCCAGACUCGAUUCGUCUCGCCGACUUCAGCGAGCUGGUGUCUUCCGAUCAGACUGGCGGCAUGGAAGCGACCGACUCAGACUCGAUUCGUCUCAGCGGCGCAUCCCUGACCGAACGAGACUCGACUCGUCUCGUCGGCUACCCCAGUCGAAACGAAGGCGUGGUCAAGGUGCCCGUCGUCGACGAAAUGUGCGAACUAUAAUAGAGCGACGAUCAGCAGCACUCCCCUGGCAGCAGAUGUUGGCGGUAUCACCCACGGUGUUAAUACGUAUACGUACUGCGGAUAGGUUCACCGCAGUGCGGGCUGUCCUCAGCCCCGCGAGUCCGGCGACCACAAUUUCCGCUGCUACCGUCGCAAGGCUGCGACUCCGUACUCCAGUCCGUGGAGCUGGUGGAGUAUGCUAUCUCACGCUACGUAAUAAUCUUGGUAGUCAUGAAGAGUUCUCCGUCUGCGCUAACAUUGAGACCAUCAGCCCAACGCCGACCCCGCUGCGUUCGUUAUCGCAACAGACCGUGCAAGCCAUAAAGCAGCACCCGUUGAGAUGAUACUAGGCGCUGAUCUCUACGCCAAACUCUUACAGCCUGGCCUGAUGCCCUCCAUUGCGGGACAGUUGGUUGCACAAAAUACGCUACUAGGAUGGGUUAUUUCAGGCGUGACUCACUAGGCAAGCCUCAACACAUUUUAAUUGUAAUAUAUGUAGUUAAAUUAGAAAAUUGUAUUAGAUAAGUUUAUUAAGAUGAAUUGUACUUUGAAUUGCGCUUAAUAUAUGUGAGUAUAUAUAUGAACCUCUGAAUUGUAAUCCACUACCUAUGAAUCUAUUACAUAAAUUGUGAAUUAUGCUUUUCGCAGUAAUACUGCAAGGCGGGCGGAAUGUUCACUCCGUUCGCCAAAUUACAACCCUAACUUACCGCGUUCGUCAAAAAGCUCCGCUUACU